CUGUUUUUAGCAAAGCAAAAAAAUACGUUGUUUUGUAAAGCCAAACAAGCCCUAAAGAGACUGGGAAGAAGAAAGAGAGAGAGAGAAAUGGUGAACACGUUCUGCUUGUUCUGCGCGUGUAUAGACCAGGCGAGCGUAGGGAUCGUUGAGAGGUGGGGCCGCUUCGAGAAGCUUGCAGCCCCUGGCUUGAAUUUCUUCAACCCAUUCCUUGGCCAAUGGAUCGCUGGCAUCCUCUCCACCCGCCUCAGCUCUCUCGAUGUCCGUGUCGAGACCAAGACCAAGGAUAAUGUCUUUGUACAGCUACUUUGCUCCAUUCAGUAUCGGAUAGUCAAGGAGAACGCCGAUGAUGCGUUCUAUGAGCUGCAGAACCCCAAAGAACAGAUUCAGGCUUACGUGUUUGAUGUUGUCCGAGCUCAUGUCCCAAGAAUGACAUUGGAUGAACUCUUUGAGCAAAAGAGUGAGGUAGCAAAAGUUGUAUUGGAGGAACUUGAAAAGGUGAUGGAAGCAUAUGGCUAUAACAUAGAGCAGAUUCUGAUGGUCGAUAUUAUACCAGAUGCCUCUGUGCGCAGAGCCAUGAAUGAGAUAAAUGCAGCCCAAAGGCUUCAGCUUGCAAGCGUGUACAAAGGGGAGUCAGAGAAGGUGCUUCUGGUGAAGAGGGCCGAAGCAGAGGCAGAGGCCAAGUACCUUGCUGGUAUUGGGGUAGCACGGCAGCGGCAGGCGAUCACAGACGGACUGAGGGACAACAUCUUGAACUUCUCCCACAAGGUGGAGGGCACGUCGGCAAAGGAAGUGAUGGACUUGAUCAUGGUAACCCAGUACUUCGACACUAUCAAAGACCUUGGGAACUCUUCGAAGAACACCACCGUGUUCAUACCACACGGCCCGGGCCAUGUGAGGGACAUCAGUGAUCAGAUACGCAACGGGAUGUUGGAGGCAUCCAGUGCUACGGUGGAUACCCAGUGAUUUCACCUUUUGGGUUAUGUCGGAAAAGUCGUCCUCUAUCCAUUUUCUUUCCUUUUUGCAUUGUUUAAAAAAAUAUCUAGUCCACUUACACGAGUGUGAUAAAACAUAUAUACCAGAAUGUUCAACUGUCUAUUUCGGCUUUUUGGGUGGGAUUUGGACAUGCAAGAUAGCAUGAGGGUGUAUAUAUCAAUAAUGUGGAUUGCAUUUCUGCUGUAGAUUUGGUUGGACAGUAUUUGCAGUUUUGCAGUUGCAGUCAGUAGUUGGAUAUCUGUAUAGAUCUUUUUUUAAAAAAAGGUUAUCUGUAUGGCUAUUUUCAAUACUA